AUGCUAAAAGGAAUGUUGAGGAUCGAUGUAUUGGCUGGUCACAAAAGGAGCAACGUGACAGGGUGGAAAAGCACACGUGCAAGGGCGAAGGGUGGGAAAAAAGGGAAACAAUAUAAACAAGGUGGGAAAAACGCUAAGGAAUUCCGGGUUGGAAAUGUUGUCACGCAAAAAACACUAGUGAAUUCCUCAUUCACGCUGCGGACAUCGAGGGCCUGGGCCAGGGGAUCGAUGAAGACUUUUCUUGGCCAAUACGCAUCGAUCAUCCUGCCAACAUAUGCCGGAGGUGCAAAAUCAAUCCAGGACCUUGACCUGGUCGAUCGAUUAUCAAAUGGAAAGUUGACUGACAUGUGGAAGGCAUGUCUUUGGAACGUCUCUUGGCCGAAAUAAUAAUUGUAAAUAUGAAUGGCCAGCUUCCUGGAUAUAUCUGGUGGUUCCUUCGAAGAGCUGGCUACUAUUCACGGUUCACAAAGGGACUCAGUAUGUUGUCCCAAAUCUCCAUCCAUAGUGUUCCAGUUGCCGAACUGGCUGUUCAUUGGCCGAGCCUGCAAGGCAUUUGUUUACAGUGGGGGUUCAUUUUUUUUCCGUGGGAAAGCGCGUUGUGGCACCUAGUACUCGUG